AUGGUCGAAGACUGGCACUUGUACGUUUUCAGUACCGCGCUGGCCUACUUCUCAGCAACGUUCCUGAUUAACCUCUGCGGAAAGACAAAGGCCAAGGAAAGCGCAAAAGGAUCACCUCCUGCAGCUGGUAACACACCAGGACAACCAACACCAGCAGCACCGACACCACAACCACCCCCACCAGGAGUUCCACCGCCGCAAGCGCCAAACCCUCCUGCAGCGGGAGGGGUAGCAGGAACGUACGAUCCGAACUACCAGACGCUGGCUAACAUCCAAGGAGAUGUGUUCGGAGCUGACAAGAAAGCUGCCGCUGCUCCAGCUGCAGGUGCCCCUGGAGGCGGUGGAGCGCCUGAGAUCAAACCUGGAGCGGGCGGGAUGGCAGGUACCUACGACCCGAACUAUCAGACGUUAGCCGGUAUCGGUGGCGACGUAUUUGGAGCUGAUAAGAAAGCUGCAGCAGCCCCUGCAGGUGGAGGUGCAGCACCGCCGCCGCAAAUCAAACCUGGAGCCGGAGGAAUGGCAGGAACCUAUGAUCCCAACUAUCAAACACUUGCUAAUAUGAAUGCUGACGUUUUCGGAAAAGACAAGAAAGCAUGA